AUGGUCGAAGACAGCGAGAGGUGUUCCCGUGACUGGUCCGCUGGGGGCCGACCGAGAAAUCCUUCCCCGUGGAAACCUGCGCGGAACGAGCCUGAACGCUCCCCCGACCGAUCUGUCAAGAGCCGACCACGCAAUCUCCCCCAGUGGAAACCUGUCCGGGACGAAUUCGAACAAAUUUUGCGGCUGCAAUUGUACGAGGACAAUUACGCAGCCUCGCCAUUUACCCACGGGAUAGAGGAUUACCCGCUACCCUGGAGAUUCAAGAUCCCGAACAUCGAGUUGUGUGACGCUUCGACCGACCCGGAGGACCACUUCUCGGUCUUCCUCACGCACAUGCGUCUGCAAACAGUUGCGGAUGAGAUCCGUUGCAAGACCUUCCCCAUGUUCCUGAAGGGGAGGGCCCGGCUCUGGUUCCAGGGUCUGGCACCGGGAUCCAUCCGAAGUUUUCCUGAACUGGCCAGGCAGUUCGUCGCCCAGUUCGUCUCUUCGAAGACUUACUCAAAGAACGCGGCUCACCUGAUGGCAAUCAUGCAGAAGCCGGACGAGUCCCUGAGGAAUUUCAUGGCCCGCUUCAACACGGAAAGCCUGCAGAUCAAGGACAAGGAUGAAAAGGUGGUGAUGGCCACCUUCAUGAAUGGGUUCAGGGCAGAGGAGCUCUUCUACAAGCUGGCCGAGAAGCCUCCCGGAGAUCUGGAGGAGCUCUUGACCAGGGCGCACGCAACCGCUAACGCAGAGGAGGCGGCACGCCUGAAGAGGGAGUCGGAUCGGGAGCUCGGAGAUCGGAGAGGACGGGGAAACCCUCCCGAAACAAGGACGGCCUGGCCAAGAAGAACGUUUUUGACCGACUCUCAAAUGAGAAAACCCCCGCUCAACCGCCACUUCCGGAAAAAGGGUACACCCCCCUGA